GAGCCACCGGGACGGCGUGUUAGACUAAUUAAUGAAUGCUCUGUUUUGCACAACUGGCCUUCAGUGAGGUUGUUGUACCACUCUAUAGUGAGUAUCUCUGUUCAUCUGUUUUAAAUAUGAGAGAGAGUGAGAGAGGAACCCCUCGAAUGUAGCAACUAUAGAUCAGAUUCUUUCAAAGAAACCCAUGAAGAAUCUGAUCUAGUGUGAGAGGAGGUGGUGACUGGUGAUUUUUUGGUUUGGUCCUCGCUCGCUGUGUGUGGAUACAACUCUUUCUCUCACUUUCUGUCUAUUGGGGUUCAGACGGAGGGACUUAAUUACCGCCCAAAAAUCCAUCUAAUUAUUAUUUAAUAUUUUCCCAUAACGGACUCACUCUCAACCAAAUCAUAUGCCAUUUACCUUCGUAAUCCCAGCCGUUUCGUUUGUGCUUUUUAAGCCUUCAAAAACAUGCUACAUCACUCUCACUCUCACCUCCUUAAACCCCACAUCCUAAAUAAAUAAAUAAAUAAAGGAUCCUUUUUGCUUCUUGGGUUUUUCUGGGUUUCUUGUGGUGUUAUCCAUGGUGAUUAUGUAUAGAGUAUAGGGUGUUUUUGAUCCGGAAUAGCUUCAAUAGUCCUUGUUAUUGUAAUAUAUGGAAUACGGAAGUGGAGGAGGAGGAGGUGGUGGGUCGGGUGGGGACCCCGAUUCCUCCGACAACCAGAGGAGGAAGAAGCGCUACCACCGUCACACAGCCCACCAGAUUCAGAGGCUAGAAGGAAUGUUCAAGGAGUGCCCACACCCAGAUGAGAAGCAGAGGUUGCAGUUAAGCAGGGAGUUGGGUUUGGCUCCGCGACAGAUCAAGUUUUGGUUCCAAAACAGGAGGACCCAGACGAAGGCCCAACACGAACGAGCAGAUAACUGUGCACUUCGUGCAGAGAACGACAAGAUUCGAUGCGAGAAUAUAGCAAUCAGAGAGGCAUUGAAAAAUGUCAUUUGCCCAUCUUGUGGAGCUCCUCCGGUGACCGAAGACUCCUAUUUCGAUGAACAAAGAUUGCGAAUGGAGAAUGCCCAAUUGAAGGAAGAGCUUGAUAGAGUAUCUAGCAUUGCUGCAAAGUACAUAGGGAGACCUAUUUCGCAACUUCCACCGGUACAGCCUUUGCAUAUUUCUUCGUUAGAUUUGUCGAUGGGGAGUUUCGGUGGCCAUGGAUUUGGCGGUCCUUCACUUGAUCUUGAUCUUCUACCAGGAAGUUCUUCGAGUCUACCAAAUUUACCUUUCCAACCAAUUGGAAUAUCAGACAUGGAUAAGUCCCUCAUGACUGAUAUUGCUGCCAAUGCUAUGGAUGAAUUGCUCAGGCUCUUGCAAACUAAUGAACCUCUGUGGAUGAAGUCGAGCACUGAUGGGAGAGAUGUUCUAAAUCUUGAAAGCUAUGAAAGGAUGUUCCCUAGACCCAAUAGUCACUUGAGAAACCCGAAAUUAAGGAUAGAAGCAUCGAGGGAUUCUGGUGUCGUAAUCAUGAAUGCUUUGGCCUUGGUUGACAUGUUCAUGGACACUAACAAGUGGGUGGAGCUCUUUCCCGCAAUUGUAUCAGUUGCAAAAACAAUGGAAGUUCUAUCGCCUGGAGUAUUGGGCAGCCUUAGUGGUUCUUUGCAACUGAUGUAUGAAGAGUUGCAGGUGCUUUCACCACUGGUGCCAACCCGGGAAUUUUACGUUCUCCGUUACUGUCAGCAAAUUGAGCAAGGCUUGUGGGCUAUUGUUAAUGUCUCUUAUGAUUUUCCCAAGCUCGCAUCGCAAUGUCGAUCACAUAAGCUGCCUUCAGGAUGCUUGAUUCAGGACAUGCCUAAUGGGUACUCCAAGGUAACUUGGGUAGAACAUGUGGAAAUAGAAGAGAAAAUCCCAAUUCAUCAGCUUUACAAGGAUCUCAUUCACAGUGGCUUGGCAUUUGGGGCAGAAAGGUGGCUUGCCACUCUUCAGAGGAUGUGUGAAAGAUUAGCUUGUCUUAUGGUGUCGAGCAAUUCAACCCGUGAUCUUGGAGGAGUAAUUCCAUCGCCGGAUGGCAAGAGAAGCAUGAUGAAACUUUCUCAGAGGAUGGUGUCGAAUUUCUGUGCAUGUGUGAGCACAUCAACCAGCCACCAAUGGACAACACUUUCUGGUUUGAACGAGGGUGGAGUUCGAGUUACCCUUCAGAAGAGCACAAAUCCUGGCCAACCAAAUGGUGUAGUUCUUAGUGCAUCAACCACCUUUUGGCUUCCAGUUUCUCCGCAAAAUAUCUUUAACUUUUUCAAGGAUGAAAGAAACCGAACUCAUUGGGAUGUCCUUUCUAAUGGUAAUCCAGUGCAAGAGGUUGCUCACAUUGCUAAUGGUUCACAUCCUGGGAACUGCAUAUCGGUUCUUCGGGCCUUGAAUACCAGCCAGAACAAUAUUUUGAUACUUCAAGAGAGCUGCAUAGACCAAUCUGGUUCACUUGUUGUCUACUGUCCCGUCGAACUACCCUACAUAAACAAUGCAAUGAGUGGUGAGGAUCCUUCUUGCAUCCCUUUACUGCCAUCAGGUUUCACCAUUUCACCAGACGGUCAUUACAACCAAGGCGACGGUGCCUCAACAAGCUCAAGCACACAAGGAAACAUGGCUACCUCUGGCGGUUCGCUAAUUACGGUAGCAUUUCAGAUAUUAGUAAACAACUUGCCAUCAGUUAAGCUAAACAUGGAGUCAGUGGCCACUGUUAACAACCUUAUCAGCACCACUGUCCACCAUAUUAAGACAGCCUUGAAUUGUCCUAGUUCCUGAUGAUAUCAUGGCUUCAAUACAACUGUUUUUCCUUUCUACCA